AUGCCACUUAAGAGUCUAGAUCAUUUUUGUAUUGAAUUUAUAAAACAUACUUGGGAAAAUGAUUUCCUUAACGAAAUCGAGUCCUUAACUCUGAAUUUAAGUUUUGAGUGCAAUCAACAUAUUGGUGCAAUUGUAACGGCAGUUAAAAACCGUGAAAAAUGGGCAAUAAAGUUUCUCGAUUCCUGGGGGAAGUUUCCAUCGGGUGUAUUGUGGGGAAAUUUGGUUGAAUUAGGAAGCUUCGAUGAAUGUUUACUAACAGAACAUACAAUUGAAAAUCAGUCACCCAAGGAAAUAAUCCGAGGACAAUAUUGUUUGGCAUCACUUCCGUUUUGGGAGUUAUUUCACAACAUUUACCCAGAACUCUCACCAGGACUACAAUUAAAGAUUGGAAUUUGUAUUCCCCGAACAUGUGCAGCGUUUGAAGCAAAUGAGGUUUUGAAUGAAAUCCUAUCAAGAGUUUUCAAUAUUACAAGCCCGUCAGUUAUAGUUACUGAAGGACAAUGCACUAAGAGUAUGCAAACGAAGUUUGAUAUAAUGGACUGGAUUGCAAUAUCAAUAUUUUCAUUUAUAGGAAUUCUGAUAGUGUGUAGUUCAAUUUAUGAUGUCACUGCAAAAAGACGAGGAAGUGUUCCAAAUGAGGCUCUGGUGGCAUUCUCGCUUUAUGUCAACAUGAAUACCUUGUUCCGGACUUCAUCUAAAAAAUCCCCCAAUAUAAUCAGUUGUCUAAAUGGUAUUCGGUGCAUGUCAAUUAUAUGGAUAAUCUUCGGUCAUAGUUACAUGAUGAGUUUGCUCUUACCAAAUGCAAAUAGCAAAGAUAUUAUUGAUUGGGCUCGAACUCCUUUCUCCAUGUUUCUGCAGUGUGGCACGAUAUCUGUGGACUCUUUCUUCUUUCUUAGUGGUCUGCUUCUCAUUUGGUCGGGCAUGAGGGAAAUGGAGAAGACUGGAGGAAAGCUUGAUAUACUUAUGAUGUAUCUUCAUCGAUAUAUUCGUCUAACUCCAAUAGUGGCUGCUGCUAUAUUAUUUUAUGUCAGCCUAUUCCGACAUAUGGGAAAUGGACCUCUGUGGAACAAUUUUACAAGUUCAUACAAACUCUGCCAUGAGACUUGGUGGGCAACUCUUUUGUAUGUUCAAAACUAUGCAGCACCUGGAAGAAUGUGUUUGGGUCAUACUUGGUACUUAGCAGCAGAUAUGCAAUUGUACAUUAUAUCUCCGUUGCUUUUGAUUCCAAUAUUUAAAUGGAAGAAAAAAGCUAUUGGAGGUGUUAUUGUCUUAGGAAUUCUUAUGGUAGCCUACGUUUUCACAAUUAUUAUGAUUAAUAAUUUUUCUGUUUUUAGUCCAACAGGAAAUUUAGGUGAGGAUACUCCCGAAAUGAGGAAAACAUACUAUCCCACCCAUGCCCGUACAUCACCUUGGCUUAUCGGAAUUAUUGUUGGAUAUUUUCUGUACAACUAUAAAGACACUCGCAUAAAAAUGCCAAAGGUUGCUAUAAUUGGAGGCUGGAUAAUAGCAUUGGUUCUAUUGGCAACUGGGAUAUUUGCCUUGUAUCCCAAGGUUUUGCCUGAUGCAAAACCUUUGUCCACAAUAGAAGGAGCUUUUUACUUAACCUUAAGCAGGGUAGCGUGGCCUCUUGCCCUGUCGUGGAUUGUAUUCGCAUGUGUUAACGGUUAUGGUGGACUUGCUAAUACUUUCUUGUCAUGGCCAUUUUGGCAGCCAGUAGCAAGACUUUCAUACUGUAUGUACAUUAUUCACUUGACGGUCGAGACCAUAAAUGCUGGACGAACGAAAGUAAACUUACAUUUCUCAGAUUAUGAUUUGAUGUUACGUUUUUGGGGAGAUUUCGGUAUCACGAUUUUAGUGUCUAUUGUUGCUUACUUAAUGUUCGAGUCACCAAUGAUGGGAAUCGAAAAAAUUUUGUUCAAGUCAAAUCCAACAAAAAAAGCAAAGACUAUUUCAAAGGAAGGAUUGUGCGAACACCAACCGUAACUGAUUUCAAGUGCGUGCAGCACGUUAUUAUAUAAAUCAAACAAAAACUAUGCAAAAAGUGUGCUCUGUGCAAAGUCUACAUUAAUUCAUUUUUAUAUUAAAAUUUUAAAGUGUCAUUUUAAA